UUCAGAAAAGUCUACAAGCGACUGAUAGCGCUACCUACAGGGAUUAUUUUUAAAAUACUUUUCUCCUCUUUUGAGAUUCACGAUUCUUUCUGACGAGUUUUGAUAACAGCGGACAUUCGGAAACCAUUCGGCAUUUUUAUUGAAGAUUUUACAUUAAAAUGACGAAAGGUACCAGUAGUUUUGGUAAACGUCGUAAUAAGACUCACACCUUAUGCAGACGGUGUGGUCGUUCUUCGUAUCAUAUUCAAAAAUCGCAAUGUGCGCAAUGUGGUUACCCAAGCAAAAAAUUGAGACAUUUUAAUUGGAGCAUCAAAGCUCAAAGAAGGAAAACCACCGGUACCGGACGGAUGAGACAUUUGAAAAUUGUUCGAAGACGUUUCAGAAAUGGUUUCCGUGAAGGAGGACAAGCUAAACCGAGAAAAUCAUAACUAUUUCGAUAUUGAACGUUGUUUUAUUCUAAAAAAAAGUUUGUAUUUAUGAUUAAAGCAAUUUUCGUCUA